AUGUCCUUCGGCGGUGGUUUCGGGGGCUUCGGCUCCAACAACAACAACCAGUCCACUGGCUUUGGUGGAUUUGGUUCAUCUAACAACAACACAUCGACUGGCUUUGGCUCAAACGCGAAUACCGGUACGAGCAUAUUCGGUGGCGGCGCAAACAACACGGGCAGCACAAUGUUCGGGGGCGGUAACAACGCCAGCUCGAGCUCGCCUUUCGGGGGCUCAGGUGGCUUCGGUGCCAGCAACACAAACAACAACGCUUUCGGCUCGAAACCCUUUGGCGCUUCGACAACGGGCGGUGGCCUCUUUGGCGGCGGCGGCGGCGCUACAGGUGGCAGCACGUUUGGUGGCUUUGGAUCAACGAACAACAACACUACUACCUCAGCCUUCGGGUCCAGCACUGCAAACACUGGAGGCGGUCUCUUUGGCCAGAGCAAGCCGGCGACGGGCUUCGGCGCGUCGACAACAACUGGUGGAGGUCUGUUUGGAGGCGGCAGCACCGGCGGUGCAUUCGGUUCUACCAGCACGAACACCACAACCGGUGGCUUCGGUAGCGGCACUGGCAGCGCUUUUGGCGGAGGCAACAACCCACCACCCAACAAUGGAACCGCCAACACUCCGUUCCAGCCAUUCCAGGAGAAGGACGGUACAGGCAAUGCCCAAUCGCAGUACCAGACCAUCACCUUCCAGCAACCGUACACGAACUACUCCCUCGAGGAGUUGCGCGUAGCCGACUACAACCAGGGCAGGCGGUAUGGUAACCAAAAUGGACAAGCUGGAGCGUUCGGACAGAGCACCGGCUUUGGCGGUUUUGGUGCUAACAACAACACCACCACCCCCGCAUCUACAGGCUUUGGCGCAUCCAACAACACUGGUGGAAGUCUCUUCGGUGGUGGUAACACAAACACUGCUGCUACAGGAGGAUUCGGUCAGAGCACAGGUUCCGCGUUCGGGGCGAACAACAACACCUCUGGCGGAGGACUCUUCGGCCAGGCCAAGCCUGCAACUGGCGGGCUUUUUGGCUCGAACAACAACACCACAACUGGUACUACUGGUGGUCUGUUCGGAGGUGGUGCUGCUGCAACGAACAACACCACAGGUGGAUUUGGCUCUGGAGGUGGAGGCUUCGGCUCAUCUACGACUGGUGGUGGCGGUCUGUUUGGUCAGAACAAGCCUGCUACAGGCGGUGGUCUUUUCGGAGGCGGUGCCGCGACCACCAACACCUCAACACCAUUCGGAGGUGGUGCAACUAACACCGGCAGCGCAUUCGGCCAGUCAAACACUGGUGGUGGUGGUCUCUUCGGUCAAAACAACAACCAGACGUCCUCUACCCCAGCCUUCGGUGCCAACAACACAUCGACAAACACUGGUGGUGGUCUCUUUGGCGGUGGCGGCGCUACAGGUGGAGGCUUCGGGCAAAACAACACAUCCACGACUCAAAACACGACCUCUGGCGGUCUAUUUGGCGGUGGUGGUGGAUUUGGCCAAAACAACAACAACCAACAAAAGCCUGGUGGCCUCUUUGGCGGCGCAAGCACUGGUACCGGUACCACAGGUGGCGGCCUCUUCGGCGGAGCAAACCAGAGUCAGCCGGCUACUGGCGGUCUGUUCGGUGGCUCUACUGCCAACAACACAAACAACAAUACUGGAGGCGGCUUGUUUGGCCAGAAGCCUGCUACUGGCGGUGGUUCCCUGUUUGGCGGCGGCAACAACACCAACACUGGAGCGACUGGCGGAGGCUUAUUCGGUGGCCUUGGUAACAACAACAACCAGCAAAACACAGGAAGUGGUGGUCUCUUCGGCGGUGGCCAGAACAACAACCAACAGAAGCCUGGCGGCCUGUUUGGCGGCUCCACGAACAACAGCACUGGAGGCGGUCUCUUCGGUGGUGGACUUGGCCAAUCGAACAACGGCCAAUCGAACAUGGGCAGCUCUAUGCUCUUCCCGCAACAACAGCAGCAGCAGCAACCUAGCCUCAACAACAGCCUGUUCGGUGCCUCUGGAAGCUCUUUGUUGAACACAUCCAUGAACACCAACCCCUACGGCAACGACGCCCUCUUCGCUGGUCUUUCUACUCCAACUCAGAGCCCUGGCCCGCUUGCCACGCCCUUGUCCAGCAGCCAGAAGAACAAGAAGAACGCCAUCCUGCCUCAGCACAAGCUCAACCCCGCCGCAUCGACGCGCCUACUUACUCCGCAGAAUAAGAGCCGCGGUUACGGAUUCAGUUACUCCACAUACGGCAGUCCAGCUGGCGGAGCAAGCCAAAACGGCGGCCAAGCCCUUGGUGGUAGCCUCUUUGCAGGCAGCCUUUCACGAUCCCUGGGCAAGAGCUUGUCUACGAGUAAUCUUCGCAACAGCUUCACUCCCGAAACCAGUAUACUGGCACCGGGUGCGUUCUCUAACACUGGACGCAACUUCGGCAACGGCAGUCUCAAGCGACUCAACAUCAACCGUAACAUCACCAACAGGGCGCCAUUGUUUGAUGAGCCCGCGCAGAAGCGUGUCAGCUUUGUGGGUGGUGACAGCCCGAACGGAGAGACCAACGGAGAGACCGCACUGGUCGUUCGACAAGACGAGGAAGAUGCCUCACCCCGGGCUAACGGCAACAACGCUGGUAACGAAGCGCCUCGCCCGGCCAUGCAGCAGGUCAAUGGAAAUGAACUUGCCCGCGUGUCCGAGGACCAUGUGCUCUCAUCCAAGUCUGACGCAUCCGUCAACAUCCAACCUGGACAGGACCCCAAGCCAGGAGAGUACUGGUCUAGCCCCUCAAUGGAUCAGCUGAAGAAGAUGAGCAAGCAGGAGCUCAGGAGCGUACCCGACUUCAUCGUCGGUCGCCACAACAUCGGACAGAUUAAAUUCCACCACGGCAAGCCUGUUGAUCUGUCUGAAGUUGAUCUCGAUAAGCUGUUCGGUGACAUUGUCCAGCUCAGUGCACGCAAUGCUACCGUGUAUGGAGAGAGCUGCACUUGUCUGCCAAAGCCACCGCUAGGCACUGCUCUGAACCAGCCUUCCGAGAUUGUUCUUGCUAACUCCUGGCCUCGCAACAGGGCCGGCAAGAAGGAUGUCAAGCAUCUCGAGCGUCUCAAGCGUGUGGCCGGAACCACCUUCAUCGCGUAUAACCAGUCUACUGGCGAAUGGACCUUCUCCGUCCCUCACUUCUCAUCCUACGGUCUUGACUACGACGACUACAGCGACGAAGAAGAUGACGAUGCGUCAAGCGAUCUCAGCGAUGUUCCUGACACCCCAGCUGGCCAGCAACACCGCUCGAGCCAGAUGACAAGCACACCCCAAGAUGACUCUUUCGACAGCCCUACUCAGACCCAGUCUAGCCCUGACGACACCUUUGACUUCAAGAAGGGAAUGCGUGGUAGUCGCGCUAGCGUGCCUGGUGGCUUCGGUGACGACUCGGCGUAUAUGGACGAGGAAGAGAUGGACGACGCACAGGGCCAGUCUUUUUUAGGGCGGCGCUCCGUGGGUUCGCUUGAUGGGCAGCAGGAUGCUGACUACGAUGAAGAAAGCGAAUCGGAAUUGGCACACGACCAGAACAUGGCGGAUUCUGUAUCGGGACCAAUUCGCACCACGGAGCAAGACACCGCUAAGGAAGACCCCUUCAGGAGCACACUGAAGCCGAAGUCUAUCUUGAAGGCUAGUCAGCUCAUGAAGCCCGGAACAGGGACACCUUCGAAAGCGCAGCCGGUAUUCGAUGACGAUUGGGCAAACCAGCUCCAGCGCACGAUUAGUCCAAAGAAGCAGGAUCGAUAUGCUCUUCGCGAAAGCCAGGGCAACGUACUACGAGAACACGAAGCACACCCUACGAACUUCUCGCAAUCCUUCGGCGCACGACAGAUGACUACUGCAAUGGAUUUGAUGGAUUCUCUAUUCGGAGAAGCGGAGAAGCAACAGUUUCCCAAGCAUGGUGGACAUGGUAUUGAGUUACCCUAUUCCAAGCGACCCAAAACCGCCUCCGAUCUCGACGAGCUUGCCGAUGCCGACAAAGAAUUCCACGGCUGCAGCAAACCCCAUUUCAGCGAAACGAACGUCCUGAUCUACGGCAACAAAGGCCCCUCGCACCUCGAAGGCGGCGUCUUUCCUACGGCUCAAGAACCGCUCGUCGAUGCUACGAAGGAUAUGCGUUUCGUCAAGAUGCCCACCUUCACCGAUUCUGCGCCUGAAACCUUGUCGCUUCAGAAACAACAUACCAAGAUUGUCACAUCCGAUGGUGUACCUUCAGCAAAGCUCUUGACUGACCCUGCUCCGGUCGAGUUCUCCAGUAUGGCAAAGGCCGUCGCGCUCGACACUCCAGCUGGCGUUCACGAGCAGCAAGCUUGGCAAUUGCUUUCCCUUUUGUUCGACGACGCCGAUCGUAUCCCAGCGGACGUGCACGAAGAGAACAUCAACGUCUACCGGAAGGAGAAGUUGUCGGAAUUCUGGAAGCUUCUCGUUUGGGACGAUGCGCAGAAGCAUGCCCAGCAAGCAGCUUCGGCCGAAGAGCGCGCGAUCGCCCACCUCAGCUGCAACAACGUCGCUGAUGCUUGUCAUACAUUGUUGGACGGACUCGACCUACGACUGGCCACGAUGGUCGCUCAGAUCGGUGGUGACGAGACUAUGCGCCAGAGCAUGGUAGCCCAGCUUGAUGAAUGGCGUCGUCUGGAUGUGCUUUCCGAGAUGGAGGAUCCCCAGCGUGCGAUCUACGAGCUUCUCUCUGGCAACUGUACCAAGUCAGAAGGCAAAGUGGGGGCUGGCCGGGAGAACCGGGCUUCUACAUUCAACAUCUCAAGUCGAUUUGCUCUUGAUUGGCGACGGGCUUUUGGACUUCGUCUGUGGUACGGCACAAUGAUCGACGAGCCUAUCGAGAUGGCUAUUGCGCAGUUUGCGGACGCUGUUCGAGACGGUAAUGAAGAUGUCAAGCCGGUGCCCUGGUUCAUCCAAGACAAAGCCGACAUGGGCUGGAACGACCCGGAUGCUGAGCACCGAGAAGAUCUGCUCUGGGGCAUUCUCAAGCUCUAUGCGGCAGAGAAGAUGGGACUUCCCGCCAAUAUUGAGGAUGUUCUUGCGCCAGAGAACGUAUCCGGCAAUCCUUUCAACGCUCGUCUCUCGUUCCAGUUGUUCCAGCUCUUCAAGUCUCGACAAGAUGAUGAGACCGAAGCGGAUGAGCGCAAGGUCGCUAUGCCUACCUCUCGCGGCCAGGAUGAAGACGAUGGCAUGUUCCGCCAUUCGCUCCAGUCAUGGUCCGCCCCAGGUGCUGCAGACGAUGUGCAAGCCGCGAACCCGCUUGUCGAGCUGAGUGAUAAGAUCACGCUCACAUAUGCUGCCUCGCUACAUACACCAGAGCACUGGACCACUGCUAUCUGGGUGUACGCACAUCUGUCAUCUCCAGCAAUGCGAGAGCACUACAUGCGCUCGCUCGUCAACCAGUUCUCGAGCUCAUACUCCUUGCAGGAGGGUGAUGCCACCUACGAUUACCUCACGAGCGACCUCAAAGUUCCUGCGACAUGGCUCCACGGUGCCGCUGCAUUGCAAGCGAAGUCAGGUGGCGACGCCCUACGUGAGGCGACGCAUCUCAUCAAAGCCGAGGAGCUCGAGGAGGCGCACGAAGUGCUGUGCCGCAAGGUUGGCCCAGAAGCUAUCGUCUCUCGCGACUACGAUGCGCUCCGUGAGCUCAUGGGUGGCUUUGUUUCCAAGUCGCCAUCCGCGCGCCCGAAGGAAACACUUCAAGGCUGGGCUCAAGGUGGUCAGAUCUACUUUGACUACAUUGAGUUGAUUGAUACGACUGGCCAACGCUCCAACUACCGCGUCGACGAAGAGCUGGACAAUCGUGUUCAGGAGCUUCUUACCAAGCUACAGCGUGCAUUGGAGAUUGCUGGACGCGACAGGUUGAGCACCUGCGGUCUGGAGGAGCGUGUGGCGCUCAUGGAAAUCGCUGGCACUGUCGCCAACCUUAUCUCAAAGACACAGCGAACCAACCGCAACGCCAUUCUCAAACUCCCCCUGACCGAAGACUCGUGGCUUAAGCACACAAUCGACCUUAGCACAAGCUACUACCACAAUGUCAUGGUCACCAGUCGGUAG